CGACGAAGCUGUGUGACUGAUAUGCACCGCGAUGGACGACUCCUACCCCUACUUCACCCAAGGGAAAGACGGCGGUGACCACGACCAUGAUCCCUGGGGGGACCUGGUGGGCGCCACAAAUCCUCGCGACACCACCAUUCAGAUUGUGCUCUCGCUGCUGCUGGGCAUUGGCGCCUUUCUCGCCUUUUGCUUCCUGCGACCGCGAUGGAAAGAUCUCUAUGCCGCGCGGAAACGGACGAAGAAUGCGGCCGUGUCGCUGCCCGAACUGCCCGACACCACGUUUGGUUGGAUCAUGCCCUUGUGGAGGAUCACGGAUCAGCAGGUCCUGGCCAGUGCUGGUCUGGACGCAUACGUCUUCUUGACCUUCUUCAAGAUGGCCAUGAAGUUCCUGCUGGUCACCCUGCUGUUCUCGCUCAUCGUCAUCAAGCCCGUCCACGAUGCCUAUCCGGACGAUGACGAUGACGACGAUCCGAGAGGAAACGGGACGCACUCCAAUCACACGGACGUACUCGUCAGGAUGGGCUUAAAGCGAUCGAUGAAUCUUUUAGAAGGGAACGGGACUGGUGGUGGUGGCAACUGGACUGUGCCUUUCUUCCCUGAUAACCUAGAGACAGACUACCUCUGGAUGUACGUCGUCUUUGCCUACCUCUUCUCCACCAUUUUGAUCUAUCUGGUCAUUGCAACGACCAGACAGGUAAUCGAGGUGCGCCAGGAGUUUCUGGGAACACAGGCUACAAUCACCGACCGGACGAUCCGGCUGUCGGGCAUACCCAACGAGCUGCAGGAUGAAGAAAGAAUCAAGGAGUUCAUCGAGAACCUAGAGAUUGGUCAUGUGGAGAGGGUAUUGCUAUGCAGGAAUUGGAAGGAGCUGGACGACGCGAUGGCGAAGAGAAUGGAUUUGUUGAGACGACUGGAAGAGGCGUGGACAAUACAUCUAGGCCAUCAAAGACUCCAGCGAGAUCUCGAGACUCUGCCCAUCGCACAGGCGCCAGACCAGGAGGGCAAUACUGAUGAUGACGCUGGUGAGAAUGGAAAUCUGAUCGGUACUGGCGGAAGUGUUAUACGGCCAUUUAAGAGGCCACGGCCCAUGGCAACCAUCCGGUAUGGACGUUUUGGACUGCGCAGGAAGCAGGUGGAUGCCAUUGACUACUACACGGAACGGCUUCGUGAAGCCGAUGAAAACGUGCGGCGGCUCCGUAAGCAGGAAUUUGCGCCGACCCCUCUAGCCUUUGUCACCAUGGACUCGGUGGCAUCCUGUCAGAUGGCGAUACAGGCGGUGCUGGACCCGUCACCUCUGCAUCUCAUUGCAAACCAGAGUCCAGAGCCAGUGGACGUAAUCUGGCAAAACACCUACAUAUCACGCAGAGGACGCGUGGCGCGGAACUGGACCAUCACAGCAUUGAUCGUCUUCUUGACCGUCUUCUGGUCUGUGCUGUUCAUCCCCAUUGCCGCUCUGCUCAACGUCGAAACGAUUGGCAAAGUCGUUCCGGGGCUGGCAGAAGUGUUGAAAGAUCAUAAGAAUAUACGCUCACUUGUCAACACGCAAUUACCGACCGCCAUCACGUCCUUAUUCAUGGUGCUGGUGCCAUACCUAUACUACUACCUAUCCUGGUGCCAAGGUCAGAUCUCCAAGGGCGACAUCGAGCUUUCUGCCAUCUCGAAGAACUUCUUCUUCACCUUCUUCAACUUCUUCAUUGUCUUCACCGUCCUGGGCACGGCGUCCAAGUUCUAUGAAGUCUUUGCCAAGUUCGGCGAUGCGAUUCGAGACAUUCAGAAAGUCGCCUGGACCAUGGCGUACUCGCUGGGCAGAUUGCUGAACUUCUAUGUCAACUUCAUUAUCCUGCAGGGCGUCGGCCUCUUCCCAUUCCGCAUGCUGGAGAUUGGCAGUGUGUCGCUCUAUCCCAUUAUGCUCAUGGGCGCAAAGACCCCUCGAGACUACGCAGAGCUGGUGCAGCCACCCGUGUUCAGCUAUGGCUUUUACCUACCGAACGCCUUGCUCAUCUUCAUCAUCUGCAUGGUGUAUUCCGUGCUUCGAUCGUCAUGGCAAGUCCUGCUCGCGGGCUUCCUCUACUUCGCGCUUGGCCACUAUUGCUACAAGUACCAGCUGCUGUACGCCAUGGACCACCGCCAGCAAACUUCUGGACGAGCGUGGACCAUUAUCUGCGAGCGCAUUUUCAUCGGCAUGAUUCUGUUCCAGCUGACCACAGCCGGACAGCUCAUCCUCAAAGGCGCCCUCGCACGCAGUGUCAUGAUGGCUCCCCUUUUGGUCGCCACAAUAUGGAUCAUGGUGGUCUACGGCAAGACCUACAAACCACUCAUGAAGUUUAUCGCAUUGUCAGCAGUGAGACGGAACGAGCACUACGAGCACUAUACUGAUGUACAAAGUAACACGCCCGAAUACGCAGCCAGCUUGAACAGCACGAAUCUUGCGCCGGAAACGAAUAUAUGGGCCGGCGGAGAGGGCAGAAAUGACAUGGAGAGCGGUGGUGUGACCCUUGCUGUGCGUACCGACGAAGAAGGCGCGAGGAGAGAGCGAAAUCUACCUUUUGUCAAUCCGAGUCUGGUAGCACCGCUGGACGCUGCGUGGAUCGCGGAUAAGCCGACGAGCACGCAGGCCAGGCUGGUCGACACUGGAAGUGAUGAUGGUGGGGACGAGGAGGAGCACGAUGGCCGUGACGGUGUCGUCUGAGAUUGAUCUAAAGUGGAAGGCGAUUUCUUUUACUGGACAUGAGAGCGCACGAUACCCUAUAUGCAUUGUUUGCUUUUGUGCUGCUGCCUUUUGAGCGUAGAUCAAGUAUAGAGAAUGUGUAAUGGUAUACUGUACAGCUG